GUGCAAAUAAAAAGUUUCCUUACGCGAAGCAGCGAGAAAAUUUUUGCGAUCUCUGAGUUGCGUGAAUUUUUCCAGCAAUAGUUAAAAAUCCGAGCGACAAACAAUCCCCAAAAUGUGGCCAACUCGGGUCGGAUUCGAUUGACGCUUGUUUCGUGUGCAUAGUGUUGUGUUUCGGCAUAAAAAUCGGUUAACGAAAAAGGUGCUGCUCGACCCCACUGACCAGUGAUUUUCUGCCUGCCGUGGAAGAAGAGAAAAAAUCAAAAUGGUUGUAUCGAAGGAUGGCAAGCGGCGAAGAAAAGUUGGAUCGGCAGUGACCGCCGGUGCCGCUAACAGCAGCACAAAUAACAAUGCCGUUACUAGCGGCCCCUCUGCCGGUGCUUCCUCCGGCAAUGCGUCACGUGGGGGAGCUGGCACCAGCACCGUGGGCGGCAGUACCGCAGCAUCUCAUUCGGCUGCCAGGGAAUCGCCUGAGAGAGAUCUUUCACCGCCGGAAGUUCCCAAACGACCCAAAGUGCAAGCCCAGCGUAAGUUCGCCCAAGGCCAAGGUGCCGCAUCGACGUCGGCCUACCUUAAUUUCACAACAAAUCCCCCAAAUCCGGUAAAAGAUGCUCAAAACCGAUCCCAGAACGCGUCCGAUACUGAUCCGAUCCCUGAACUGCUGCCCAAUAUGCGUCCGAACACGGAAGAUUUCCUUACAUUCCUGUGCUUCCGAGGAACUCCGGUACUGCCACCGAGCUUGGACUUUUUCAACACCCAAGCGACGGCAGCCUCAGGAUCGGGUAGACAAGUUGCUUCCUCAUCGUCUGCCUCUAGUGGUAGUGCGGUCCAGCAGGUGGCGUCACCCGCUUUGGCUUCUACGUCUAAGAAGAAAGAAGAUCCAAAACCGGUAACCAAACACACUGCUGAUGUGAAACAGCAAAACGAGGUGGAACAGAAGAAACCUGAUUCCGUACCCACAGAAAAACCGACCUUCAUGCCUUUUGCGGUAAGAAAACGGGCUGAACAACAUCCGGAAAAUCGGAGAGUUCAAACGGUUCAAGCUUUAAGAAAAAAAUAUCACGAGCAACGGAUGGCUAAACUGAGAGUUACAGCCUACAGUAAGCAAACCCGAGGAAACAACAUCAAAGGCAGACCUGAGCUUGACGAUGAUGAGGAGCAAGUGGAGGUUACAAAGAAAAUUGAAAACCAAAUAAAAAAGGAUGAGAUCAAAAAGAUUUCCGUUUCGAAAAAGAAACAAAUCGAGAAGAAAGUCACAAAAAAGUUGGCUAAAGGUACUAAGAAGGAAGAUUUACAGGAAUUGAUCGAUGUUAAAGUAGUCCUUAAUAAAGAUGAUGUUGAAAUGAAAGCUACGGAACCAGAGAAUGCUGUCCCGGUGGAGACAGUGGAACAAAAUACGCCUGUUAAGGAUGCGUCAAAGGAGAUGCCUAAAACUAGUGGUAAAAGUACCAAAAAGAAACCAGCCUUAGUGGCUGUAAAAGAAAAACGAACAACUAGACUUUCUGUUCUGAGAAGUCCACCACAGCAAUUGGAGCCUCCCGUGAAAUGUCCUACUCCAGUUCCUCAACUCGAUGAACCGGAAUCAGAACAACCCAUUACGGAAAAAGAUUUCUCAUCGGACGAUGACGAGCCAUUACUAAAAAGAGCAGCUGUCAAGAAAAAACAAAACGUACGACAGGAUCGUCGGAAGGGACGCAAAUCAGAUCCACUGCCGGAAAAGGCCUCAACAGAGGAAGAACCACCAGUUGAGAAGAAGACUCGUCGUUCAGAAUCGAUCAAUCGAAGAUCCGAUGCAGUUUCUAAAAAAGUCGAAGCUGGGGAUUCAUCGCCAGCAGUUCAGAAAAGAACUGUUCGAGGUAGAAAAACGAAAGAUUCUCCUCAGUCUAAUAUUUCCUCACCUCCCACGGAACCCGCUCGGGUUAUGGAAAAGAAGCAGUCGGUUGAAGAGCCGGUAAUUGCAAAAGAGAAACAGAACCUUCCAGAAUCUAAUCCAGAACAAAAAGUGUCCCCGAAACCCGCUGCUAAGAAAACGGUUGCUAGUAGUAGUCGGAAAAAGAAACCUGAACCUACUCCCUUAAAUGUAGAACCACCAGAGGUGGAGCAGAAGAAGGCGAAAAAGACUCCGGAGCCACCAGUGGAAGUUAGUACUCGUCCUAGCCGCAAAACGAAAGAAGCAGCAACUCUUUACAUGGAGCUGAUCGGUCGCAGAUUGAAUCACGACGAUAAAUCAGAUGACGAUGCUUCUUCGCUAGACAGCUUGGAACUGCCAAACGUAAGGAAACUUGAGCAAAUGGAAAACGAGUUGAAGGCUAACGCAGGUAAAAAAGAAUCCAAAGUGUCUUCAGCGAAGAAAGGUCGAAAAAAGGAAGAAGAAAAGACCAAACAAAAACAGGAAAAUUCCAAAGUCAACGUAGACAAGGACGAGCAUACGAAGAAAGAGGACAUUAAGCAACUGGAAAAAAGUUUUAGUGACUCGGAUGAAGAACCGCUGGCCACCAAAUUUCAACGCAAGAAACAACAAAUCCGUCAAAAACUUAAACAAAAAGGCAGAAAAUCGUCUCCGAAAAAGACCCCAGCCAAAGUUACUCCACUCAAGAAAGCUCCUUCCAUUGAAUCUAUUGUCGAACUCACUAUAGUCGAAAAUACGCCGGCCGAACCUGCGACUCCCAGUGCCCCUUCACCAGUGAAAGCAUUGGAGCAACAGACCGGGUUUUCAAGUACACCUAAAUCUACAACACCCGUGAAAACCUCCCCGAAACUGUCCACUCCCGUGAAAACGUCAAGUCCUAAAAUGUCGUCCACUCCACAAAUGCUAAGUCUUCCGCCCCAACUUGGUAGCCCUACCGAUGGAUUACGUUCUCCUGGCACCGAUGAUCUGAACUCAACUCGCGUCAAUAAAUCGCACGAUAACACAUUCCAAUCUACGGCAGCAGUGGUUGCCGAUCAAAGUCUUUCACCAACGAAACAAUUCACAGCACCGGCCGCAAUGGCUACCCAGCAACAACCAUUCAUACGCUCCAUCAAACAAAAUCCUGUUAGUUCACUGGAUGUUAGUUUAGAUAAACCAGCACCUCAACCGGAAAUUCCCUUCAACCGAAAUGUGAAGAACGAUUUCAAUCUUGACGAAUCCGAUUUUAUGAAAGGAUUCGAACAAGGCUCCCCAACAUCGCCAGUGACUCCAAAAUCCAACUCACUGCUGGGCAAUCUUCUACCGAGUAAGGAAGAAUCGGAAAAGAUAUUUGGUAUUGCGAGCGUCAGUUUAGCACAAAGUUCUGGCCCACUGGACACUAAAUGUACAUUGGGAAAAUGCGGCUCGGUUCACAAACCUCCGCUAGGGCCACCGGUUUUAACAGAAUCUCUACUCGGUGGUCAUCUUUCUCCGCGAGACCGGCGGAAAACGAAAGUUAAUAUGACUCACGAACAGAUUCAGAAGUGGAUAGACGAAACGUCAUGGUCUGCGGUGCCGGAUGAUUUGGACGCUGACUUGAAGAUACUGGAAACACCUAAAACACCAACUCCCACACCGCCCUCGGCAGCAGCAUGGGAGAAACUUGUAGAAAGCAAAUCAGAGCUGGUUGCCGAAGUGGCCGCUUCUGUACCAGUAACGCCAGUAACUACAGUUGUAAAGAAAGAGGAAGAGACAAAACCGACAACGCCGCAACCCAGUGGAAGUAGUUCACGCGGACCAACACUAAAAGCGAAACCGGUUCCAGUCAAGCCAGAAAAAGAAGCUGAGCCUGAACCUGUAGCGGAGACUGUCAAAGCACCGGAAAAGAAAUCAUCGAAGGAAGAAGUUAAGGAAGAAACUAAAUCCAAAACUACAACUAAGAUUCGGUCACCUUCACCUCCGAAAAAAGAUGCGAAAAAGGAGACGCGGAAAACGAAAGUAGAUACUCCGACGGUAACUUCGACAGUUACAACUGCCGUUACGACUACUACUGCAACGACCACCACGGGAACACCAGCACCAUCGGUUGCCGAUCGGAAACCAAUUUACAAGCAGGGUAGAACUCCCGUUUAUAAGCAAGAGGCCUUAAAAUCACAGAAAGCGGCUCAGGCUUCCAACAAAUUUGGGGCUUUCUCGCCGGACAACGAACCUAGUGUGUACUCGUUUGAUAACGACGAUAGCUUCGUGCCAGUGGCCACACCCUUCAGGCGACACAGCAGCCGCAGGGAGUCGUGUAAUUCAUCCGUUAGAGAUGAGGUACAGGCGCCGGCACUCAGCUCAGGUUCGAAAAAACCAGAACCUGCUGUUCCCAAUGAGGAAAAGGCUGGUUCGUCUAGCACAGCAUUCCAGAAACCUGUCAGUUUGAGCACACCGACUAAAGCAGCGGCUGUUCAGCCAGCUGUUAGUUUGACGCUAAGCCCCGAAGAUGGUGCCAAGUCAGCAGCUAUUACUGUACCACUCGAAGAGCAGCAGCAGCAACAGCAAAAGAGCAAAGAAGAUACCGUUAAAAAAGAAGAGAAGAAAUCAAAUGCAGAAGACUCUGACGAUGACGGUCACACCUUUUACAUUCCACUACAGGGUCCCAACACGGCGGGAACUGGCAAGACCGAUCAGCUUAUUCAAGGUGUGGCUGUUAAACUUGGCACCGAGGGUCCUGAGGGUCCCAAUCAGAGGGUAAUCAUGCAUGCCAAACUAGUCACUAAGGCUCAGAUGGGCUCUAACACAACACCGAUACCGGAGUCAAUGAACGUUCAAGAGCUGGUGAAGAGUCUGAUGACUGCGGGACCAGGAAUGAGCAAAGAUGGAAUUUCCAAAAUGGUUCCUGUCGGAACCGUUCAACCUCGAUUUAAAUCGAGCGAUUCGGUUUCCACAAGAGACAAGUCUCCGGUAGCACCACCACCAGUUGCAACCACACCAACCGUUCCGGUCGCUCCGGAAGACACGGUAAGAGGUGGUGGUCUUUCGCGUAUCAAUUCUAACUCCUCUCUGAGUUCAUCACAACGUUCGAAACCGGUAAAAGGUGCUGGCAAGGCGAAAUUGGAUACAACUCAAGUGCAACCUGCCAACAACACAGCUUUUCCAAGGCGGGAUGAUCCAGCGCAGAUGGUUGAAGCACCGGUUUUCAAACCGAACGAUAAGGAAUUUCACGAUCCAAUCGAGUAUAUAGAACGUAUUGCACCGGUGGCUGCUCGGUUUGGUAUUUGUCGAAUCAUUCCACCGGCUAGCUUCAAGCCGGAAUGUAGAAUUACAGACGAUAUGCGCUUUAUGGCUUACAAUCAGUAUGUUCACAAGAUGCUGCAUCGAUGGGGUCCUAGCGCUAAAGAGUAUGCAGCCAUUAAGAAAUAUUUAGCCACACAAAGCAUUAAUCUGCAGAAUCCACCGUUGAUCGGUGGGAUGGAAGUGGAUUUACCGAGACUGUACCACACUGUGCAGGAACUGGGUGGUUUGAAGGAAGUUAUCGAAAAGAAAAAAUGGGCUCGAGUGGCUGAGGACAUGUGCAUUCCAAAAGCAGCGCACGAUCGUGUUUCGAAGUUAGAUGAUAUCUACUGUAAAUACCUACUUCCCUAUGACACUCUUUCGCCAGCAGAGCGCCAGAAGCUGUUUGAUGAGGUGGAAGCUGAUUGGGCCAAGCGAGAGGCGAAAGCACGACGUAAUGCGGAUAAGUGCGUCAGUUCGGAAACACGCAAUAGCGAAGAUUCGGAUGAUGACGAAGAAGAGUCCAAUGAGGAAGAGGAAGAUGACGAGUUCUCAAUGGAAUGUAUAAUGAAGGGAAGAAAUAUGCCAUUGAAUCAGUUCUUCCGAAUUGCCCGGAAUACGAUGUCACUGUGGUUUAAAAACUCCGAACCAACCGUGCCAGAAAUCGAAAGUGAAUACUGGCGUCACGUGGCUGUUCGAGAUAGUCACGUGUGUGUCCAUUCUGGCUCAAUAGAUUCCAGUGCGUAUGGUUUCGGUUUUCCUGCUCCGAAAGUUAAAGGUUCAUCGUGUGCGCGGCAUCCUUGGAAUCUGAAGGUUUUGACCAACAACAACAGCUCGAUUCUUCGCUCGCUUGGACCAGUAAUGGGUAUAACCAUUCCUACGCUGCACGUCGGAAUGCUGUUUAGUGCCUGCUGCUGGUACCGAGAUCCCCACGGGCUGCCGUGGAUCGAAUAUCUGCAUACUGGUGCUAGUAAGAUUUGGUACGGUGUUCCCGACGAUCAGAACUCAAACUUCCGGACUGCACUAACGGCGUUAGUUCCAACGCACUGCCAGAACAAAACAAUCUGGCUUCCUUGUGAUACAGCAAUGGUACCACCCCAUAUGUUAACGGAUCGAAAUGUAUCGCUGUGUCGAACCGAACAGCAACCAGGCCAAUUCGUAGUGGUUUUCCCAAGAGCCUACACCUCUAGCUUGUGCACCGGUUAUGCUGUUUCUGAGAGUGUGUACUUUGCCUCCACUUCAUGGCUCGAUACUGCAAAGGAAGAUUUUCGGGAUAUCCAGGAAAGCUGCGAACCAACCAUGUUCUCUGUAGAACAGCUGGUAUUCUCUAUCGCUAAUGACCAGCGCAGUAAUCAUGAUACCUUGGUGCAGAUACUGCCGAUGAUCAGUGAUAUCUAUGACAAAGAAAAGCAACAACGCCAAACAGUAAAGGAUCACGGUGUCAUCAAAUCGGAAAAGAUCGAAUCAAAGAAAAAGACUGCCUCACUGGAAGAAUUCGAAUGCGAUAUUUGUCGGGCCAACCUUUAUCUAUCGCUGAUCCGGGUAAAAAUCAUUAGCGAUGACGAAUCGGUGGAUGAUGAGGAUCGUAUCUACUGUCUGAAACAUGGGAUUAAGUUUCUUUCGGAUAGUCGUCUGCCAGCCAAGUUCUGUCAGUUAGCCUACACUUACUCGUUGGAGGAUAUCGAGGAUUUACUGCGCAAACUGCAGGAUCGAGUCGCCAACCGGAAGACACCCAAAGUUGCAGCCAGCGGUAGUGCCAGCGGGGGAGGACGAGGUAAGUCUUCGCUUCAUCUUGCUUCCACGUCUUCUCAGUCUUCUUCUUCAUAUCAAGCGCCUAGUCACAGUAAAUAUGCCGGAAUGGCAACAAUGCUGAAAUAAGUAUGCAAGUGUGUAUAAAACUGAUGUUUGUGUGAGUGUGUUAGUCUGAAUUUUAUUUUUGUUUUGUUUCAAUCAACGAGUUGUGCCGAGUGAAUAACCAUAUUCAGUUCUAAGAGAAAAAGAAAGGAUGAUUUGAACUGCACUGUACAUCAAUAUGUUUUGCAUUAUGCCACAAAAGGUAGAAACAUACCUUACUGUAAUAUUUUUUUUUAUAGUUUUAAGAAAGAUAGUUGUAUAUUUAAACAUAAAACCUGAGAAAAGAAAUACCGAAAAACAGGCAUUAUUGGUUUCCCCUUCCCAGAGGCGUGUCUUAUUCGCGGGACCGUUAAACUGUGCCACACACACAUGAACCCUUUAUAUGAUAUUGCUGUGUUAGUGAUACGUAGCAUCUGUAUCUGUUUAGUGAUAAAUUACUAUUCCGCUGCAUUGUAUAAGCUGUGUGUCGCUGAAAAUAUCCAGUAUUAACUUAAGAAUCACAUACUACAGAUAUCACAAAUCUCUCAAAUGAUGGAUUUAGUUACUGAUUAUUCAGGAUGGUAGAAGAGCAGGAGUUCGUGGGUGAUUUCAACAUCCAUUAGUAGUCAAACUACACACAGCGCCCGCUUCUAAAUUUUUGGGAACAAUUGGAACCUGGAAGUUGAAAUUCACACUUCUAAUUUGAAUUCGAUCUGUUAUAAACCUAUUGAAAUAUUAAUUCUGCUUUUUUCUUAAAGCCGAAAUACUAAACCGUACAUUUAGCAGGUAUAAUACAUACGAUAGGUGAUAUAGAAUGUUCUGUAUAUAUGUGUGGUAAACAUUUAAUUUUGCAAUAAUAUGUGCAAUCUGUGCAAACAAAACGACCACAACAAUGCACACACGAAGCUUGAACCUAACUUAUCCGUUUAGUUUCGAAUCAUAUGUACUGAACAAUGUCUAGACUACAAAUAUAGUUUGAUGAGGGUGGUGAUAGUAGUUGCGAAACAAAAAAGGAAAAUACCACAAAAUAAUUUGCAUUUACCGAAAUAGAAUUGCAUAAAGAGAUCAAUUUGAACGUUUAAGGCUAUAAAAAAUAGGAAUUCAAAAAAAAAAAUAUCAGCGUAUUCGUAAGACAGAUGAGAACAAGCACGUAAUUGGAAACACUUCUCGCAGAUUAUAUAAUGAGAUGGUAUAAUAUAUCGACAGAUUUAAAACACUAGAAAGUAUAAAUAAACGUUUCUAAUAGACGAAAUUGAUCAGUGAACUAAGAUUGAUUGAACUAUUGUA